GACCAGCCUUCUUCGUUCCCUGGGUUCCGUGAGAGUCGUUUUGCCCCACCCCACCUCUUCAACGCUAUCUAUCUCAAUGUUCAAUCCUGAGAGAAAAAGGGGGCAAAAAUAAUUUCAGUGUAACACCGCAAAGAAACGAUUCUCAUCCCCUCCGCCGGUUCGCCGGAGCAGACGCGGCCUCUCGGCGGGUAUAAACAAACGCCGUCGGACCAGUGAUUGAAAACACCGCGGUAUGUUCAUGUAUCGUGCACAUGUAACCAUACUCUACCAUACGGAUUCAAAGGGAAUACAAAAAAGCUGAGGGACUUGACAGCGGGCUGUAACGUUACCUGCGCCAAACCAGGGGGGAGAUAACGGAGGAAUUUCCAACCAAUAUCACCUGGAUAUCGCUUUAUAUUCAAGGACAUCCGACUGCCAAACACCGCCUUCGCUCGCUCGGAGAAGCCUUCCGAUGUGAGGAGAAAUACAAAUAAACGUAACAAGAGAGAAAAGGGACGGGAGAAGGGGCCUUUUUUUUUGAGUCUGGUCAACCCUUCCGAAAAAAAGAAAAAGAAAAGAAAAAGCAAGCAGCAGCAUCUGUUGACGGGGAGAGGAAAUUAAUUUGACAUCGGCUGAAAAGAGGAUAUUAUCGAUAACGACGACAACCCCUCCUGCCUAAAAAACGGCGUAGCCUGUAAUGUGACUGAUUUGUGAUAGAGAGAGAGAGAGAGAGAGAGAGAGAGAAAAAAGCCCUGGUAUAGCCUGAUGAUUCACAUGCCGUCAUUUUAAGAGGAAAUAUUUAUUUUUUAUUUUUUUUCCAAGCGCUUUCUGAUGUGCUCUGGUUCAUGGUGGAAGGAUUUCUAACACCCCCACACAAAAUUAAUUAACCUAAAAUAUCUGUUUCAAGGUGUUUGAAAAAGAAAAAGAAAAGAAGGAAUGAAAAUAGGCUCUGUUGUGAGUGGAAAUGAAUUAAAAGGCAGUGUGAAGUAUCUGCUGAAGAUGGGCUCCGGAGGAGACAUUUGUUAAGAAAGUCAGAAUUAAAGGCAAGCCUUAACAAGGAAACAGGACCCCCCUCUCCCCCUUCUCUCCCCCCCUUCCCCGACGUUGCAUUCACGUAAGGCUGGAAAUCUCACAUCGACUCUCAUAUCAAUGUUGAUGACUUCAUUGCGGAUUUACAGUGAAAAACACAAGAAGCAAGCCUCUGAGAGGGCGGCAUCGCUUCUCUGCUCCUUUCUGAGGGAUCGCUUGUUGAUAAAUUGCCAGUAAAUAGCCACAUCCAUCUCUACUUACGUUCCCAAAAGCCUGGUGGAGCCUGACAUUUUUUCCUUUACAUCUACUUCAUCUGUGUCUGGCAACAUAAAUGUCACCAAUUUUGAGCCAGGUGUUCCUCUGCUGGGCCAGUUUAGGAAUUUUGGAUUGAUUGAUUUUUAUCUUAUCAACACCCUCCCUCCCUCCCUACAACCAGCCACCAAACAUCCACCCACCCAAAUACCCUCGCCUGCCUGCCUGCCUGCCUGCCUGCCUGCCUUCCUGCCACCCCCCCCUUGAACCUAUCACUGGGUUUUGGGGAAAAGAUGGGCUGUCUUGGCAAUAGUAAGACCGAAGACCAACGAAAUGAGGAGAAGGCACAGAGGGAAGCCAACAAAAAGAUAGAGAAGCAGCUCCAGAAAGACAAACAGAUAUACCGGGCCACUCACCGGCUACUACUAUUAGGGGCCGGUGAAUCCGGGAAAAGCACGAUAGUCAAACAGAUGCGAAUACUGCACGUAAAUGGCUUCAACGCAGAGGAGAAAAAACAAAAAAUCCAUGACAUUAAAAACAACAUUAAAGAAGCUAUAGAGACGAUCGUGUCUGCGAUGACGACGCUCACACCGCCAUGCAAGUUAGCUUCUGCUGCCAACCAAUGCCGGAUCGAUUAUGUCCUCAACCAAGCAAGCCAGAAGGACUUUGACUUUCCUUCAGAGUUUUACGACCAUUCAAGGAUCCUCUGGCAGGACGAGGGUGUGAGGGCCUGCUGGGAAAGGUCCAACGAAUAUCAACUCAUCGACUGCGCACAGUAUUUCUUAGACAGGAUCGACGUGGUCCGGCAGAAUGACUACACACCCACUGAUCAGGACCUGUUGAGAUGCAGAGUACUGACGUCUGGGAUCUUUGAAACAAGAUUUCAAAUAGACAAAGUCAAUUUCCAUAUGUUUGAUGUUGGAGGUCAGAGGGAUGAACGUCGGAAAUGGAUCCAGUGUUUUAACGAUGUGACAGCCAUCAUCUUUGUGGUGGCGAGUAGCAGCUACAACAUGGUGAUCAGAGAAGACAAUCAGACCAACAGACUACAGGAAGCACUCAACCUUUUCAAGAACAUCUGGAACAACAGAUGGCUACGGACCAUUUCUGUAAUCCUCUUCUUGAACAAACAGGACUUGCUUGCUGAGAAGGUUUUGGCAGGAAAAUCCAAAAUCGAGGAGUACUUCCCGGAGUUUGCUCGCUACACUACACCUGAUGAUGCAAUACCGGAGGCAGGCGAGGAUCCACGUGUCACAAGGGCCAAGUAUUUCAUCAGAGAUGAGUUCCUGAGGAUCAGCACAGCCAGUGGGGACGGGCGACAUUACUGUUAUCCCCACUUCACCUGCGCAGUCGAUACAGAAAACAUCCGCCGCGUCUUCAAUGACUGUCGGGACAUCAUACAGAGGAUGCACCUACGGCAGUAUGAGCUCUUGUGAUGGACAGUGGCGUCCAGCCUACUUAUCUACCUACCUAUCUACGACCCCACUACCAGUUAGCCAAUCUACCCUUCCACUUCAACCCCAACCACCAAACAAUCGAGCGAGUGACUGACAGACGGCCUGCCCUCUCCUCCCACACAAUAAAACUUGUCCUUCAACUCAACUUUAAAGAGACAGAACAGAAGGACAACUCUCUUUCUUUCUUUCUUUUUUUUUUUUUUUUAAAGGAAACACUUAAGAAUACAACAUCAUCAACUUUAAGCCUGGACUAACUGCUGUACUCGGCUACACUUCGACCCACCAAAAGAGGGUCAGGACUGGAAUCCCUCUGUGCAGGCUUUCCCUCCUUUAAGCGAUGUUUCUCUCUCAGAUUUAUUACACACACACACACCCACUCACUCGCAGGUACACACACACUACAGAAUAAGACAUUCAGAACCCCUUCAUAGGUUUUAAUGUCUCAUAUCAAGCCACACACACACACACACACACACACACACACACACACACACACACACACACACACACUGACAGACCCUUUUGAAAGUCAAGUUCUGCUUUAGACAGAUGGCAGAAGUUGACUUAAAGAAUGCUUUCUGAGAGAGAGAGGAGUUCAUUGACAGCGUGCUGAAGCUGAAGGAGGAGCAGAAGAAGAAAAGAACGAUGGACACGGAGGGCAGCAAACUGAUGCAGAGGAGGGCUGUGAGCCUUUUUGUUCCCGAACACACAAACUAAUUGACUAACGGCUGCCUGUGGACAUGAGCGUGACUUGAACUUUACGACACAUGACCUGCUCUUGAAUGGCAGAAACCAACAAAAAAAAAAAAAACAAGGAAAAAAACAACAAGAAAAAUAUCAUACAAUGCAUAAAUUCAUGCAUACCAGUGAACUUCAUGCAGUGCAAAAAAUCCAAGCUAUAUAUAUAGAUAUUUAUAUAUGUGUGUAUAUAAAUAUGUAUAUAUAUAUAAAUAUUAUAUAUUCCUGUAAUAACACAGUUCAACUUUUAAGUUUUUGUUAGCUUUUACCCCAUGUUGUGUGUUGGUGUACACUGUGUGUGUGAUCUGCCUUUGUGCACCAUUUAAACUCUGCUACCUACACACACACACACACACACACACACACACACACACACACACACACACACACACACAAAAACACAUAUAUACACACAUGCAUAAAUCUUUGCCCCACCCCUCCCCAUGCCCCUGCUGCUAUUUGAAAACUAUUCAUCAUAUGGAGAAUAAAGUAGAGGUUUUAUUUAAUGAGGAGAAAUAACUAAACAAAAGGAAAUCAUGAAGUGGAAGAAAUUUACUUUAUUGAGACUGGAGGCAACACUUUUACCUUGGUACACACACACACACACACACACACACACACACACACACGCUCAAGCCCUCAUCAGUCCCCAACGUCCUACCCAUCCAUAUCUUUGGUCUUAUUCUCUCACCUCUCCCAGUCCCACGUUCCUGCCCUCCUCCCGGCUUUAAGUACGUCUGUCUUUAUUUUACUGCUGGACUAUUAUUCUUGUACAGACUGUAAAAUGUAUUAUUUUGUACAACUUUAUUGAAGAAAAAAAAAUUACUUGUAGAAGAUCCCUGUGCCUUGAUCACGACUGUACGUGUAAAAAAUGAGCUAAUAUGUAAGUUAUGUUUCACUGCGCUGUACAGCUGGACGGGUCUGUCCCACCUUGUCCGUGCUAGCUCGCCCACUCCCAUCCCGACUGGAGGCUGGCGGGAGGGGCAUCGGAUUGGGGGCGGAGGCCUUUCGUCUGUUGCUUAGUUUCCUUUCCCCCCUCCCCACAUUUGUUUGUUCGUUGUUUUGCUUUAACUCUCCUCUGGUUUAUAUAAUAGGAUUUGAAAAAAAAUGAAGAAAAAAAGAUGAUCAGACACACCACCUGAUGAUGUGUAGUGAAAGAUACUGAACCCUAACACGAUUUAAUAUAUAUAAAAUAUAUUUCAGAUUUUAUAUUUUAUAUAUAUAUGUACUGUACACUUAUAUCUAUGUCCCUAUGUGAGCUGUCCCCCAGGUUUCCUUUGCUUUCUGUCAGUAACAUCUGCAUCCAUUACAGGAAGGUGGCGAUUCUGGGAGCAAUGGGAUGGGUAUACAUUUCUUUAUUUUUUAUUUUUAGCUUUAACUCUUUUGAAGGAGAGGGGAAUAUCCAGUUGCAAAACAUUGCUUGUUUCUACAUAAACCAAAUUCUUUUUGCUUAAAGAAGAAGAAACAGUU